CGGGGGAGGACCGGGCGGCCGUCCCGCCCCCCCGCGCUGCGGACGGGGCUCGGCCCUGCUCCGUCCCCCGGCGCAGGGACCCGGGCCGGUGCCAGGGCUGCUGCCCGGGCCAGGGCCGCAGUCCCGGGCUCUCCUGCGUCGUCCCCGCCGCCAUGGCCCAUUUCUCGGCGUACCUGAACCCCGUCCUCGUGCUCUUCAGCUGCGACCUCUGCUUGGUGCGAGCCAACAGGCCACCAUCCCCUGUCAAUGUGACUGUGACACAGCUGAAGGCGAACUCUGCCACAGUCUCCUGGGAUGUUCCAGAAGGAGAUGUGGUCAUCGGCUACGCCAUCCUACAGCAGCUGGGAACAGCCUCCUGGGGAUGACAACUCUUCACUCUGGCAGAGGCAAGAUGGACAGAUGCAGCGCUUCAUCCGGGAGGUGAACACCACCAACCGGGCCUGCGUGCUGUGGGACUUGGCAGAAGAUGCUGAUUACAUCAUCCAGGUGCAGAGCAUUGGCCUGUAUGGGGAAAGUCAGGCCAGUAAGCGUGUCCACUUCCGGACCCUGAAGGAGACUGACCGCCUCCCCUCCAACAGCUCCAACCAAGGUGACAUCACCAUGGAAGGUCUGGACAAAGACAGGCAACUGCAGACAGGCGAAAUUAUCAUCAUCGUGGCUGUGCUUCUCAUGUGGGCAGCGGUGAUCGCCCUCUUCUGCAGACAGUAUGACAUCAUCAAGGACAAUGAUUCCAACAACAACAAGGAGAAGACAAAGCCAUCCUCAGAGCACAGCACGCCAGAGAGACCAACUGGAGGGCUGCUGCGGAGUAAGAAGUCUCCCUCUGUCAAUAUAAUUGAGGUAUAAGUGCAGCACCAGCUCUGCGUCGGGGGUCCUGGGCAUCCUGCCAGAGCCAAUACAGGCCUUGGAAGAAGAGGCAGCACCAGGCACCCAGCCUGGAACUCUGCAUGCGAAGAUCUGCGUAUCCGAACUUACGCUUUCCCAAGGGCACCUGUCCAGGGACAUGCAUGGAGCCGGCUCCCAGCUGUGCAUGCAGUACACGGCCCUGCCCGUCCCGCAUGCCAGGCCCCGCUUCCCUGCCACUGUGGAGUGCGGAGCUGAGCAACGGAGUGGGGGGCACACCAUUACCCGAGGGGGGGCAAGCCUGGGGGAGCAGAGGGGCUGGUGUCCCCUCCUGCUCACAGCCCUGAGGAGAGGCAGCACCCCUGUGCUUUGGCUUGGCCAAUGGCCUGGGUGCAGCCAGGUGACACCAGACUCCUGCCCAGGAGACAUCCUGGGGCAGACCUUGCUCUCAGCCACUGUGUCAGCCUGGGGGUGGGGGUGCAGGAGCUACUGCCCUUUUGGCCCCAAGACUUAGGAGAGGGGGCAGUGCAGGUGGCCUCAGUGCUCCCAGGGAAGUCAUAGAGAGGUGGCAGCAGGGUUUGGGAAGUCAUGGAGAGGUGGCGGGAGGGUCCAUCUGUGGGGCUGGGCACACUUAGUACAGCUGACAAGGGGAUCCCUGAUGGAGGACAGGCUUCACUGCACCCCAUCACUGCAGUGCAUGAAGCCUCAAAUGAGAGCAUGAGGAGCUAGUGCUGCCACAGUGUCUGGUUGGGCUUCAGAAUGUGCAGCUAGGGCAGAGUGCCAGUUGGCACAAUCCUGUGGGGUGCAGUGAGCCUCACAAAGCUAUGGGAACAGGCAGGGCCAGUGCACGGCUGUGGCUUUGCCAUUUCCCUAGUAGGGCUCACUGUUAGCAAUGCCGUGUGUGCUCCGUGGAUAACAUGGAGAGCCCUAGCCUGGUCUCAGCUGUUUUGGCAGGCUGCAUGCUGCAGACCUCAUCACCACUCUGGGGACAACUUUAGCUCCAACAGUGUCACAUCCUGCUCCUGGCUUCUGUCCUGAAAGUGUGUGGUCACUGCUGAUAUUCCUUCUUCUGGAGCUAGCCCCAUGGCCUGCACCAGACUGGCUGGUGCCACACACACCUGUUGGGAAGGUUUGGCCAUGAAUACCCACAGCUGGUAGACCUCUCAUUCAACUGAAGAUGGUGUGAGUUGUUAACCAUCUUAGGGCUGGUUAACAGAUAGUAUCUGGAUUGUUUGUUUCCUGGUGCCUGCAAGCAGAAGUCUGUUACUGGGUAUCUACAUUACUUUGUGUCCAAGGCUGAGGCCUGGCCCAGCUAUGCCCUCUUGCCAGAGGCAGGGGAAACAGUGACAUGAUGAGCCACACUGCCACAGGGGUAGCUGAUGCCCUGGCUGCUGCAGUUCCCUCCAUGCUCUGUUCUGUGGCUGGUCACUGAGCUGGAGUGCUGGCUCUGCAGCCCUGGACUCAAGCAUCACAGGAUCCAGCGUCUUCCAGGAAUAAACCUUCCAGCAAAGCACUUUCAGGACUCUUCCUUCCAGGUGCUGAUCAGCUGCUGCUGCAGGAGUAGACUGGGAAGGGACAGGGUAAGCAACUUCCUGUGGCAGGGUCUUUUCAAUAAAAGCAUCCUGGCUCAAA